AUGGAUCCAUCGUUGAUGGUGUCGUGCAAGCAGGUGUUGUGCGCCGAGGAUGCCGUGCAGGCGGUGCAGCGGCGGCGGACCCAUGCCCGGCGCUGCUACAGGCCGGCGUCCGACGCCGAGUUCCUGCGCUCCAUUGCCGACAAGACGCCCGGGAGGGACGACGAUGAGGAGGAGGCGAUGAGGAGGAGACGGCAAGUGUACCUCAAGAGCUAUGCCUUUUCCACCAAGUGGGAGGCCGCCGAGGCCGACGGUAAGACCGCCGGCCGAGGAGGUGGACGUGCCCUCGUCGACGCCGUCCUGCCGCCGACGCUGCUCCGGCGCCGCAAGACUACUCACAAUGAUGCAACCUGCAGCAGCAACAAGACCACUGCUAGCUCUAGCUUCACUUCCACUUCCAACCCCAGCAUGUGGUGCCCCAGGAACGCGGGCAAGGUGCUGUCCCGGGCUCCCGGCUGCUCACUCGCCUUGUUUCCUGCGCAUGCAACCCUGGUGCUGCUGCUUCGUCUUCCUAGUCGUACUACUAUCUUCGUUCCCAUCGUACUACUAUCUUCGUUUCGUCAGGCAAGCAAUAACCAAACUAAUUAA